GUGCGACUUUAGUAAGAUGGCAAUUAUGUGUCUGGUUGUCCGGCGGCUAAUGACAGACGCCGCGAACCCAACAGAUAUGCGCGACGUCUCGCACGACAAUCUCAACCGCUUCGUGGGCGUCGCCCAGCACAACACUAUUCUCUACGUGCUCACCGACUACGCGCCCAAGGGAAGCCUGCAGGACAUACUCGGUAACGACGCCAUUAAGCUGGACGCCACCUUCAAGCACUCGCUGAUUAACGACCUCGUGCAGGGAAUGACGUACAUACACCAAUCUCCAAUCUCCGUUCACGGACACCUGAAGUCAUCGAACGCCGUUAUUGACAGCCGAUUUGUUCUCAAAAUCACCGACUUCGGACUGCCAAUGAUUCGUGACGCAAAGCUGGUAGCGGUGAGAGAGACGAAUCAUAAACUGGAUAUCAACAGAAAAGUGCUAAUGGAGUUCAAAAAGAUGCGCGACGUCUCGCACGACAAUCUCAACCGCUUCGUGGGCGUCGUCCAGCACAGCGAUAUUCUCUACGUGCUCACAGACUACGCGCCCAAGGGAAGCCUGCAGGACAUACUCGGCAACGACGCCAUUAAGCUGGACGCCACCUUCAAGCACUCGCUGAUUAACGACCUCGUGCAGGGAAUGACGUACAUACACGAGUCUCCAAUCUCCGUUCACGGGCACCUGAAGUCAUCGAACGCCGUUAUUGACAGCCGAUUUGUUCUCAAAAUCACCGACUUCGGACUGCCAAUGAUUCGUGACGUCAGAGCGGCGUCUCAGCAGCCGAAGGACCUGCUGUGGACGGCGCCUGAGAUCUUGCGCAGCGGUGCUCCGUACNCCGGUGCUACAGGACUCGGCUGGCUGGUGGGACGAGCGCGCUUCUUGAGAGAUCUUGCGCAGCGUGGCGCCGCCCAGAAAAACGCGUCUAACGGCUCGGACCCUUGUCCAGAGAAUGUGCGCAACCUCAUCGGGGUCUGCGGCUUGUGCAGGACGUUUCGGUGCAGUGGCAGCGGACGUACGCUCAGCCACUGCAACACUAGGGGUCCUCACAGCCCCUGCAACCACAGCCGGGUGCCGCCGCGCGGCACCAGCCGCACGCUUGCCUACUGGCCCGGACCUGGUAGCGAGUGGCAUUUGCUUAGAGCACAAGCCAACACGACCCUGCCGGAAACGCGAGCAGGUACCGAAGACAACAAUACCAAGUUGAGUGUUCAAACCGGGAACGCCGGUGCUUUUAUUGGCCCGCCGACCAACAGGAGUGUAGCCGAGCAGCUGAAGCAGGGUAAGUGCGUAGAAGCGGAGUCGUUCGACAGCACAACCAUCUACUUCUCAGACAUCGUCGGCUUCACGUCAAUGUCUGCCGCUAGCACACCGAUGCAGGUCGUCAAUCUGCUGAACGACCUCUACACGUGCUUCGACGGCAUCAUCGACCACUACGACGUAUACAAGGUGGAGACGAUAGUCGGACGCGUACAGAUCGUCUCGGGUCUUGCCGGUGAAGAACGGCAUAGGCCAGAGAUCGCGCGCAUGAGCCUGGCCCUGCUCAGCGCCAUCCAGAAGUUUCGCAUCCGGCAUCGACCGGAAGACAGCCUCAAGCUCCGCAUCGGAAUACACUCCGGUCCGUCGGUCGCAGGGGUUGUAGGAUUGAAGAUGCCUCGAUAUUGUCUUUUCGGAGAUACAGUAAACACAGCUUCACGCAUGGAGUCAAACGGACUCGGUGAGUAA